AUGGAAGGAACUGGCACCUGCAUUUAUAUCUCGGGAACACCUGGGACCGGCAAGACAGCGACAGUACGUGAGGUGGUUGCUCAGUUAAAUGCUGCUGUUCUUGCUGAGGAAAUGGACGAUUUCAUCUUUGUUGAAAUCAACGGAAUGAAAGUGACUGAUCCUCAUCAAUCUUAUUCAUUGCUCUGGGAAGCGCUCAAGGGUGAUCGCGUUUCUCCUUCCCAUGCGCUUGAUCUCCUCGAAAGAGAAUUCUCGCAUCCCUCCCCCAGACGAGUGUCGUGUGUGGUCCUCAUGGACGAGCUUGAUCAGUUGGUCACAAAGAACCAAUCAGUCAUGUACAAUUUCUUCAACUGGCCUGCCCUUCGUCAUUCACGACUUAUCGUUCUUGCUGUGGCAAACACCAUGGAUCUGCCGGAGAGAACGUUGAGCAACAAAAUAUCCAGCCGUCUCGGGUUGACUCGCAUUACCUUCCCUGGUUACAAGCAUACAGACCUCAUGGAGAUCAUCAGCACUCGAUUGGCCAAUGUUCCUGGAAACAUCGUCGAUGCGGAUGCCGUUCAAUUCGCUAGUCGAAAAGUAGCUGCUGUCAGUGGAGAUGCUCGCCGUGCAUUAGACAUCUGUCGACGCGCCGUGGAAAUUGCAGAACAGUCCAGCGAGGCUGCAAAGAUCGAGGAUUUUGAUGCGGAACAGAACGGAGACGACAACGAGUCCCUGCCCCCUACUCCCAGCAAAACUCCAGCACGACGACAGAAGUCCACUAGCAAGCAAACAGUCAAGGUCGAGUCGCCUCAAAAGAACACAGCCCAGAAGCAGACUGCUGGCCGAGUCACCAUCGCUACUAUCAAGCAAGCCAUCCAGGAAGCCACCUCCACCCCACUCCAGCAAUCUCUCCGCUCCCUUCCGCUGUCCGCAAAGCUGUUCCUCGCUGCUCUACUGGCCCGUGUUAAACGAACCGGUAUUGCUGAGUCAACCUUCGGCGAUGUGAUCGACGAAGCUAAGAGAAUCGCUGACGCAGCAGUUGCAGUCGCCAGCACAGGCAUCAAGGAUUUCUUGCUCGCUGGGAACAACGGGGGGCGGGUGAGAGCUCUUGGCUUUGCCGCUAUGGAGCUCAUGAACUCCGGAGUCCUUGCCUUGGAAAACGGGGCAGGAGUCAAGGGCCCCCUAGGCGGUUCUGCCAUUCCGAGCAGAGGCGACAGAAGCGGGAAGGUGAGGCUUAGAGUUGCACCAGAAGAUGUUCGAGCCGCGUUCCGGGAGGACAUUGAGGCGAAGGGAUUGGGAUUGGGUAUGGACCAGUAA